AUGUUCUCCAUAUUCCUUUCCCUCGUCAUCCCGCUUCUCUCGGUCUUCACCGUCUCUUCGAAUGCUCUACCGUCUUCACGAAACAUUAUCUCCAGCUCUCUGAGCCUGCCAAUUGUCCUCAAAACACUGCAUACGAACAACACGAGCCGGCAAGACCUUGCGAGUCCUGUGUCAUCUUAUAGCCCUGAUUGCAGUAUCUCAUACGGGCGCUACCUGAACCAAGCCAGCUGUAACAGUGCUCUAGCGAAGAUAUCCCAGGUCACAACCCCUAUAACUUUUGGAGAGAGAGGUACAGGAACUUGGGACGUCGUACUACCACGUCGAUAUCUCAGCGACGAUGGCCAAUGUGCCAUCGACGUGAAAGUCGAUCUCAACGGAGCACAGCGAGAUGUAUCCAACUACCUUCAAAUCACCAACGCUGCUAGUGCAGUGCUCCGUGAUUGUGUCCAAAUGCGACAGCCCAGCACGGGUGGACUUGUGACAAAUUUAGGUAUAAGGUACAGGUCCCUCUCGGCCGAAAUCAGUCGUUACUACCCGAAUGUCGAGUGUCGCGACCAAACGACAUCGGCGCCGCCAUCUUAUGAUUCCUGCAAAGAUAUACUCGACACCAUGCAGUGGUCAGAAAGCUUGACCAAUUUUGGCCUUCCGUGGCAGGUGCGUCUUGUUGCAGAGAUUCCGCUCUGUUGA